AUGGCUGACAUUCAACUUGGCGACGACCGCACCGAGCAGCGCCCUGAGGCGCAGACGUCCGGACGUUCGUUUGCGUACGCUGACAGCGAGGCGACGGACAACCGUGACGAGCAACAGAUCGCCGCCGACAACGAGCUCGCGGAGAGGCUAGCAAGAGUCAUCGAAGACUCGAACAAGCGUGUAGUACCGCUCACGAAGAUGAUCCGUCAGAACAUCGAGAACUUCUUCAACCAAAAGGAGGAGGAUCGCAACGAGGACGAACUGAUCAAGGCCGUCAAGCCUCUUCUCGAGCAGUCCGAGAAGAUCCUCUACGAAGCCAACGGUGCCGUCAAAGGCGCCGACCCCGACAGCCGCCUGUCCAACCGCGCACAACGGCACGCCGACGACCACAAGGCGACGCCCGAGGAGCAACGUCUUGCAGCCGCGUUGAAAGUGAUGAUCGAGGAAGUCGGUGGUACCAUCGACUGGGCCAAGAACAAGAUCAACGGCUUGACCAAGGCGAAGAACGAAUUGGGGCCUUUGCUCGACGCGCUCGGUCAACCCCUGACGCAGAUCGUCGGCGGUGUCGGGCUGUUGCUCGCGGGAGUGCUCAACCUCGUCGGCAAGCUGCUCUCCGGUCUUGGGCUUGACGGUCUACUCACGGGGCUGCUUGGCGCGACUGGCUUGAAGGGUAUUGCGAAGAGCCUCGGACUGGGCAAGUUCUUCAACUACUCGUAA